AAUGAGGAUGAGGGUGAUGAUGUUGAUGGGCAGGGGCUCGGGGUUCAGAGGAAGGACCACGGUCUUCACGUUAUAACCGCCACAGGAAUUGUUUCUUUUAUUAUAUAUCUUACGACAGAUUUCCAACACUCGUCGUCGGGACAAAGGACAUGAAAUGUUAUGAUCAUUUUCUCCUCCUCCAUGGUGAAGCACGAGGCUACACGGUGAGUGCAGAUGUGCGGGUGUCCAGAGAUGGAAAGCUAUGAGGAGUUCUGCCUGCGGACUCUGGCCAUUCUGCAGGAGGAGGGGAAAUUCAAGAAGGCGACAUGUGAGCCACUGUGUUCCCUGAAAGCUUGUUCGGUCAUUCGAUUUUAUGGAAGAGCAGUGCUUUCGCCACUGCUGAGUGCAGAGCAGCGCACUGACAUGUGUCGCCACAGAGAAAGAGCAGUCUUGCAGGAAGUGAACAGGCAGAACCAGCAGAGGAAUGAGCUUUUGGCUCAAGUUCAGGAUGUACUGGAUCAAACUCAGACACACAAAGUGCAGAGUGAAGAGGCUAACAAGCUGCCAGUUUCUACAUCUGUGGCAGUAAGUGGCUACACCUUGGUCACUGAUUCAUCUAGACGUCCCAGCGAACCUGGAUUUGGGCUUCAGACAAAUGAUCAGCUUAACACUCAGUGCUCUGGGACUGUCAGUCUCAGUGGCUGCAAUGCAGUGGUGGAACUGAAGGUGGAGAGGGGAGAGAGGAGUGAAGAGGAGGAAGAGGAGGAGGAGGACGACGACGACAUUAGCUUAGACAGCCUUCUCAAGAAAUCAAGAGAGUAUGUGAAGAAAGAGCAGAGCCAGCAAGGGUCAAAACUCACCCACAUAGCCAAGUCUGAGACUGUCUCUGACAAGGAGAAUAAAAGCUGUCAUUCCAAGGGGGGGACAGGCAUUGAGUUUGGAUUCAGUCUGCAUCAUAGCCCUACUGGCACACCUCAGACCCAAAGCCUGCACCAAACCUUCUUCGAACCCACUCUCCAACAGUCUGGCUGCCUGUCACCAUGUUUACCUGACCGGUAUGCUCGUCUCCGCAGUCCUGAGUCCAGCGGUAGUCCAUGUGCACGGAGACGCAGACCACGCCCAGUUUCUGCAGGCAACAUCCAUAUUUCGUUUCCCAUUAGCCCAGCAGACCUUGUCCCGCGAAGCCCAGAAAGGACACGGGAAGGUGCUAGCAUGGCAGACUGGGGGGAAGCCCUCGUAGGGUCCACAAAGUCCUCCAAUCACUGUGGCCAAGUGGGGAGAGAAGGUGGGGGUAACGUUAGCAGCAGUGGGAAUCAUCUAUCCAGUCAUUGUGGAACCAGUCCUGUGCGCGAGGCCUGUAGCCCAAUUGUGGCCUCAAUGCCCAGUCUAAUGGGACAUCAUGACCAUUCGGGUGCAGGUUUUCGCCGGCGCUGCCACACCAUGGACAGCCAGUUGCAGAACUAUUGCUCCGGAGUCGGGCACAUAGAUCGCAGCAAGGAAAGGGUCCCUCGUUUUAUGGCAGGAGUUCCACUGUUGGCUCCAGGUUGGCGCAGCCCUGCAGCCCCCUUAACCCAGUCAUAUGAAGUCGAGAAUCCUUCCCUGUCUCUGCUGAGGCCCCAUGUGACCCCUGACAUGGCCCACGUUACAGUCAGAAUGGAGCCUGAUGGUCCUCAGGGCCCACACAAUGGAAGGAUCACAUCAACAGUCCUCAGGAAUGCACCUGAAACACAAGAAAGCAAGACAGAGCAACCCCAAAGGCAAGUGCAGGCUCUCGGGGACAUGCAAAGACUUCUGGAGGAGGAGCAUGCUUUGCAGAUGUCACUGCUUCUGGCUGAGCAAGAGAAAGAGCAACAGUGCCUCCGUCUGGAACUUGAAGAGACAGAGCGAAGGCUGAAGGAGCAGCAGUGUCUGCGGCCUCUGAGUGGGGAUGGCUGUGGGUGGAAGCGUAGGUCUAUAAGUGACAGCUGCCCCAUCGUGAGCCCCUCCUGCCCAGCUCUUAGCCCUGCCCACACACCAUCUGAGCGAUCACCGGGACUCAGUAUAGGUUUUCCCAGCCCUGUUAGUUCCAGUGUGUGCACUCCCUCUGUCCAGCCUCCAGUUUAUCUGUGGGGGCCCUCUCGGUCAGCUGGCAAACCUCGAGGAAGGCUAAGUUUGGUUCUGACAGCAGAGCAGCAGAGGACACUCAAUCGACUCGGGGCCAUCGCUCGUGGUUUCCUCACACGCAGACUGCUCAAAACAGAGAAAGUCAAACACCUGCGGCAGACCAUUGCGGACACACAGGAGUUCAUCCGCUCGUUCCAGAGUGAAGCGCCACAGAGGAAAUGCAGACUCUCCACACAAGAUCUUUCCCUGCAGGAGAGAGUUAAAGCCCAGUUACGUGCAGCCCUUUAUGACAUCCAUGACAUCUUCUUUGAAAUGCCUGUGGGGGAUCAAUUAGCGCUGGUGCGGCAGGACAGGGAGCUCCGUGUGGAGAAGAAGCUCAGAGACUUGGAAAAAGCCAAGUGCGUGAAGGAGAGAGUGGUUCUGUCUGCUGCCACACAGAGGUCCCUGGACAGGAAAAAGAGGGUUGGUGAAUCCCCAGCACAGACUAGGAAGAUUCAGCAGAAGCCAAAGAGCCCCACUACCAACAGAGUCCUUAAGCCAAGUCAAUGCUCAAAUGCUCCUGUCCCAGGCCAAUUGAACCACCAGGGGAGCUGGCACAGAAAGACCCCAGAGGAGAGAGUAAAGCGCUCAGACAGCCUGAAGAAGCAGCAUUCUUUGGGUUAACAGUGGAGGACUUCAACAUCACCUGACCUGUAAACUUGAAUUUUUAGUCUUUUAACACAAACAAUUGCACCACUUAAACUCCAGGGAGCGCUGCUAAUAGUAUGAUGUUGUUUAAUCUGCCUUCUGAAGUUCAAAUGAUUGUAUACAUGAUCACAGUACCAUUGUUUUAGCUGCUGUAGCUUUUAGGGCCAACAACUGAUCGCUAUAGUGUACAUGUCGCUCGAGUAAUUAAGUAGGCGCAGUUUCCAUUUUCAGCAUGUCUGUAUCUAUCAGUAUGAGUUUAUGAGCCUCUACUGUAGUACUUAUAACUGUAAGUGAAUUUACAAAUGUCAGGUUCAUGUCAACGCUUAUGAAAUGUAAGUGUGUGUAAUUCUUACAUUUUGAGUAUUUUUGUUCAAGGGCUUUGAAAACCUCUUCUUUUUUUUCUUUUCUCGUUAUCGGAUGGUGCUGGAUUUACAGUGCUCUCAGACACUACAGUGAGUUUUCAGGAUUUGACUGAAAUCGAUGCCUAAUAUAAAAAAAUAUAUAAAGAAAUGUAUUUGUUUACACACUGGGAAGCUGCAUUGUAAAUUAAACCAUAGAAAUAGAGACGGCAAGAAUUGGGUGUUUAGUUUGCUAGUAAUAAAGUAGAAUAAAAGAUUAACACACACACACACACACACAUAUAAAUAUAUAUAUAUAUAUAAAGUGCAUGCAAAUUUUCAAAACUAAGGCUUAGACUGUGAAUACAAGGACAUUUUGUCUUAUAUAUAUGUUAACAUAUGUGAAUUGAUUGUCAAGCCACAUUAUUGGUUCACUCACUUAAUGCCACAUUCACUUUCUACUAAGUUGUGUAAUGUGACGACGUCGUUCCCUGACUCUGCUGUUAUCUUUUUUCUUUAUUUAUUUGUAUUUAAAAUGCCAAAAGUGUCAUGUUUUCUAAGACAAAAAUAAAUUCUGCAAUUAUUUGAA